CUCAAAACCAAUCAAAACACAUUACUCAAAAUCCAACAAUGGACUCCAUAGGCGUGCUCAUGCCAGUUCCAAUGUCCCCAUAUUUAGAGCAAGAGCUCGAGAAGCGCUUCAACCUCUUGAAGCUCUGGACCGUCCCUCAAAAAUCUCAGUUCCUCAAGGACAACUCCAGCUCCAUCCGAGCCGUCAUCGGCAAUGCAGGGAACGGAGCCGACGCCGAGCUCAUCGAGACUUUGCCGAAGCUGGAGAUCGUGGCCAGCUUCAGCGUUGGGAUCGAUAAAGUCGAUUUGAACAAGUGCAGGGAAAAGGGUGUUCGGGUCACCAACACGCCCGAUGUUUUGACAGAUGACGUGGCGGACCUUGCUAUUGGGUUGGCGUUGGCUGUGUUGAGAAGGCUCUGUGAGAGUGAUCGGUAUGUGAGGAGUGGGCUGUGGAAGAAGGGUGACUACAAGUUGACCACCAAGUUCACUGGAAAAACAGUUGGCAUCCUCGGUCUGGGAAGAAUUGGCAAAGCAGUUGCCAAGAGAGCUGAGGCUUUUAGCUGCCCAAUCUCUUACCACUCCAGAACAGAAAAACCAGAGUUGAAGUACAAAUACUAUCCAAGUGUUGUGGAGUUGGCCUCAAACUGUGAUAUUCUGGUUGUUGUAUGCGCAUUAAGUGAAGAGACCCGUCACAUUAUUAAUCGUGAAGUAAUUGAUGCUUUGGGCCCAAGGGGUGUUCUCAUUAACAUUGGGAGGGGUCCUCAUGUUGAUGAACCCGAGCUGGUCUCUGCUCUGCUAGAAGGCCGGUUAGGUGGUGCUGGACUUGAUGUUUAUGAAAAUGAACCAGAAGUACCUGAGCAGUUGUUUGAGCUUGAGAAUGUGGUACUGUUGCCUCAUGUAGGAAGUGACACUGUACAAACUGACACUGCCAUGGCUGACCUUGUGAUUGGGAAUCUUGAGGCUCACUUUUCGAACAAACCAUUGUUGACACCUGUCGUUUUUAUCUUAUUUUUUAAAAUCAAGCAUGGCUGGUCACUACAACAAACUUGGUUGCUAAUCUCAAUCUGCCUUCAUCCAACGAGACGUCGACAUUUCACUCCAUUUCUUCCCUUCCACUGGUCCUCCUCUCUGAACACCACACAACCACAAACAACCGGCCACCACUACCAGUCCACAUAUCCCAACCUUUCCCACCGUUUUGGGAGCCACCAAUCGAAACCCGGUACCGAAAAUCCAACAAUGGAGUCCAUAGGGGUUCUCAUGCCAGUCCCAAUGUCCUCAUACUUAGAGCAAGAGCUCGAGAAGCGCUUCAACCUCUUAAAGCUCUGGACCGUCCCUCAAAAAUCUCAGUUCCUCAAGGACAACUCCGGCUCCAUCCGAGCCGCCAUCGGUAAUUCAGGGAACGGAGCCGACGCCGAGCUCAUCGAGAAAUUGCCGAAGCUGGAGAUCGUGGCCUGUUUCAGUGUCGGGAUCGAUAAGGUCGAUUUGAACAAGUGCAGGGAAAAGGGUAUUCGCGUCACCAACACGCCCGAUGUUUUGACCGAUGACGUGGCGGACCUUGCUAUUGGGUUGACGUUGGCUGUGCUGAGAAGGCUCUGUGAGAGUGAUCGGUAUGUGAGGAGCGGGCAGUGGAAGAAGGGUGACUACAAGUUGACCACCAAGUUCACUGGAAAAACAGUUGGCAUCAUCGGUCUGGGAAGAAUCGGCAAAGCAGUUGCAAAGAGAGCUGAGGCUUUUAGCUGCCCAAUUGCUUACUACUCCCGAACUGCAAAACCAGAGUUGAAGUACAAAUACUACCCAAGUGUUGUGGAGUUGGCCUCCAACUGUGAUGUUCUAGUUGUUGCAUGCCCAUUAACUGAAGAGACCCGCCACAUUGUCAACCGGGAAGUCAUUGAUGCUUUGGGUCCAAAGGGUGUUCUCAUCAACAUUGGGAGAGGCCCUCAUGUUGAUGAAGCUGAGUUGGUAUCCGCUCUGGUAGAAGGCCGGUUAGGUGGGGCAGGGCUCGAUGUUUAUGAGAAGGAACCAGAAGUUCCUGAGCAGCUGUUUGGACUUGAGAAUGUGGUGCUGUUGCCUCAUGUGGGAAGCGGCACGGUAGAAACUCGCAAUGUCAUGGCUGACCUUGUGGUUGAGAAUCUUGAGGCUCACUUCUUGAAGAAACCAUUGUUGACACCAGUGAUUUAGUACUUGUAGUAUCUGAACAUGUUGUCCAUUGCCCACAAAUGUCUUCUUCAAUAAUUGUUUCUAUAAGACAAAAAGAGAUGGUUGUUUCUAGGAUUCAGUACAUUUUACCCUGAUUGAAAUUUCUCGUUAAUAAUUGAAGUAUGAAUCAGUACAUUUUACCCUUA